GUUACACUUUAACCUGAAGCCACUCCUGCAGCUUCCUGUGCUGACCGGACCCGGAACCCGGUCUGCUGCACCUGCACAGGUACGACCAGAUGGACGCUAAACUCGGUUUCCAUGACAACCCCCUGAGUCGGCUGAUGACAGCAAGAGAAGAACAAAGGGACGUUGUGGCUUUAAAUGUGCUGUUGCUAGGAGACAGGCAGAGUGGGCGGAGCUCCGUGGGGAACGCUCUCAUUGGCGGCGACGAAUUUCAGACGGGGACCUGCGUUUCCGGCGUCUCCAUGACGACAGAGCUCCGGGUCCUGAGCAGGAAGUUUCCCGCGUACUUCCGGAGGCAGGGGGCGGAGUCUGACCUCCUGCUCAGCGUCCUGGACACGCCCCCCGGGAAGCUCCGCCCACAGCGCCUGCGGGCGCUCUGCCCCGGCGGCCUUCACGUGUUGGUGGUCGUAAUAAGAGCCGAUCAGCUGCAGGAAAACUCACAGCUGCUGAGCAACACAGAGAGUCUCUUCGGUCCAGACUGGCGUCAUCACGCCAUGCUCGUCCUCACGCACGCUGAUCACCUGGAGAAGGCGGGGCUUCAGCCGCCUGCGUUCCUCACCCAGAGCGCUGAUUGGCUGAGCUCUCUGGCCGAGGAGGUUGGGGGCGGGGUUUCGUUUUUGGACAACAGCUCUGAUUGGCCAUCAGUCAGAGGCCGCCCAAUCAGGGAUCAAGUGCUCCGCCUCUCAGCGAAGAACCAUCACAAAGCUCUGCAAUUUAGGUCAGACCAAUCACUCUGACACAAAUUCUGAGGACCAAAGCCAUCAACGUUAAUGUGGGUUUUAGGCCCGUAAUAACAACAAAUAUCGUAAUUAUUGCGAUAUAUGAUCAUAUUUAGAGUAGUAUUUUGAAAGACCAAUAAAUUUUAAUUUUGUAUAGAACAUUCAACUCUAAAACUGGAAGACAUUUAAAAUAUAAAUGUUAAUUUUUAUGCAUAUUUUGAAAAGUGCAAUUUAAUCAAUACUUUUCAACACGUUUGAAGAAA